AUGGGUGAGGAACAGGAACAGCAGCAUGCGCCUUUGUCAUCGACGAACGGAAAAUCCCUGUCGGCGUUCGCAUCAGCAGCGAGGACAUCGGGCUCGCGAUCUCGAAGAGCUUUCGAUGUCGUAAAAGAGCACCGCUCGUACUGUCCGUAUGUCGUCCGAUCAACAGCUGUACCAUCGCUUCCUUCCGCGACGACGUCCGGUACAUCCAACCUCCCUGGUAAUGGCGAUGGUUUGGUAGAGGGUUGGCGGGCCGUAUUGACUGUUGUUCAGCGGCACGGAUUAAGUCAGCGACAGCGGAUGUCGCGGUUCGUCUCUGGUAGCAGCGAGGGUACCGAGAGAUGGCGAGACGAGGAGUUGGAAGGCGUGGAGGCGAUGGUAGCCGGUGUGAAGAGUAAAGAGGGAAGAGACCUUCUAAAAUAUGUCAGGGGUCUCCUUGGAUAG